ACAGGUGGGAGUUGUCUUAAAAUUCAGCCCCCCCCCACCUCCCCGAAUGACGCUACUUCCUGAUGUUGGGUGUGUCGGCUGGCUUACUUCAUACAUAAAUAGACACUUGUCCUUGCAUAACACUAUUGGCUGGGUGGUUUUGCCUCCUCCGGUACAUGCCAUGGCUGGGGACGUAGUGUAUGCUGAUUUAAACCUUGCUGGGGCCAGGCUAUCACCUUCAUCUAAAGCUCACAAGAAUCUUCAAGAAUCCCCUCAGUGCCCGCGCUGGCAUGGAGUCGUUCUGAAGGUCGGGUGCGCCGGGGUCAUCGUCCUGCUGGUGAUGGUAGCCGUGCUGAGUGCUCGGGUUUUCCAGGGCUUCUCAAAUAAAACGGAGGAAAGAUCAGCCUUGAAGAGCGACGGUGUCACUCAGAGAACCGGAAGUGGUGGAGAACGCAAUGCCAGCCUGGAGGACUUAUUUUCUCGUCUGAAGCAGAGUCUGUGUGAUCCGGCCGAGAUAAACUCAGCAGGUGGCUCCGGGUGCAAACUCUGCCCCAGGGACUGGCUGCUGCAUGGGGACAAGUGCUACUGGCUUUCGAACAAGGCUGACACUUGGAGCAAGAGCCAUGACGACUGUUCAAGGAAGGGAUCUCAAAUGCUGGUGAUCCAGGAUCAGGAACAGAUGGUAACGUACAUUUUAUGUCGGGGCACAGAGAGAGCCGUUCAUCAUGUCUCUGUUCUCUUUGUUACGUGUCUCUAUACAGCGGUUCUCAAACUUCAUUGCACCGCGACCCCCUUCUGACAACGAAAAUUACUACAUGCCCCCGGGCGGGGGAGUGGGGAUGGAGUUGGAGCCCAAGUCCCCCCACCCCGGGCAGAUACGGGGGGUGGAGUCCCAGGACCGCUGCCCCAGGCUGAAGCCCUCGGGCCACAGCAAGUCAUUAAAAUGGGGUCGCAACCCACUUUGGGGUCCCGCCUGACCCACAGUUCGAGAACCACUGCAUGACCUAGCACAGUGGGGUCCAGGUAAUUGAUUGGGGCUCAAAAAUAAAAGUCUAAAAGAGAUUGGAAGCUAAUGUGGAUAAUAAAUAUC